ACCAAAGGAUCUUCGAUCAGACCAGAAUCAUCGGUUAUCUUUAGCAACUCAUUUCAACGGACAAUCGACGAAAUGAAGCAGCACUUCCUUACUGCCGUCCUACUCGCCGUGUGCUUGUUCACCGGCCCAACGCUUCAGCAAAUCGGGGUCGGCAUCGGUGGCAUCGGCGUCACAGUCCUCGGAUCGUCGUCACUGAUUGGGGUCACCGUGGCCACGACUGUAGCUGCAGCAGCAACCACCACGACUGCCGCACCAACGACCACCACUACCGCUGCUCCAACGACCACCACUACCGCGGCAGCUGCUACGACUACCGCUGCCGGAGCCACGACUGCCUCCGCCACAGGAAAUACUGUAGUGUUUAAUAUCAAUGGAAGUAUCGUAACCGUCGCCUCGUCCGAUCAAGCCACGAUCGCAGCUAUUGUUGCAGCCUUGUCGGCUACUACUACCGUCGCAGCAACGACCACCACUGCUGCCGCUACGACCACUACUGCUGCUGCUACGACCACUACUGCUGCUGCUACGACCACUACCACUGCCGCCACGACCACUACCGCUGCCACAACUGCUGCCACGACCACGACAACAGCGGCCGCUACUACUGCAGCUACUACUGCAGCCACCACUGCUGCUGCCACUACUGCUGCUGCUACCACCACUACUGCUGCUGCUACCACCACUACUACUGCCGCUACCACCACAACGGCCACUCCCUCCAUCUCGAUUACGAUUAACAUGAAUGGACAAACGGUUGUGUUGAGUGCGAGCGACCCUAACCUGCUCUCAAUUCUCACCCAAAUUCUAAACAAUCUGUCCUCUACUACGACGGCUGCCGCUACCACCACUACCACUGCCGCGGCAACUACCACCACGGCAGCUGCUGCCACCACCACCGUCCGAGUUGGCGGAUGCGGAGGCCGCGGAAUUAGACCCGGAAUCGGUUUCGGCGCAGGAAUCGGCUUCCGUGGCGGUGCCGGCGGUGCCGGCUUUGGCAUUGGCAUCGGCGGAGGAUUCCGAGGACCCGGCCUUCUUCGUCCGGCUGUCGGAGCCCUCACCAACGCGGCAGGUGGUUUGCUGGGAACAGCCUUAGGUACCGCUGGCAAUAUUGCCGGAUCUGCGGUGAAUCUCGGCGCGGGUAUCAUCGGCGGUGCGGCUAAUGCCGCUACUGGCAUUCUAGGAGGAGUGCGUAACGCGAUCGGAGGUAUUGGAGCAGGACUGCAAGCAGCUGCCGGUGGCGCACUGAACGGCGGUCUGCGUGCCGGAUCGAGUUUUCCAACUGGAUUUAAUGGAGGCGUAGGCUCGCGCGUCGGAUUCGGAGCCGGAUUUGGAGCAGGUAUUGGCUCGCAAGGAAUGCUCGGUGGUGGAAUCCAAGCUGGUGUCGGUCUCCGUGCUGGCUUCAGCGGAUAAGCAGUACCACUCAUCCACCCGCAGUACCCCCGCCACCCCCACACAGACCGUGAUAGAGAUUCUCGCGUAAGAAAAGAUAGCCACUACUAUACCGACACACAACGUAUACCGCAUGCAUAUAUACAGCAAUAAAUUAAAGAAUCCAUGUCGAAA